AUGAUGUGUGCAUAUACUGGGGCGGACGAUCCUCUCCGGGUGACGCGCCAUGAUCUUCCGGCUAACUCCCUCAAGAGGAGAUUCAAGAAGCUGGUGAAGAUAGGCCAGGGCCAAGAGGUCCCGGAACUGAUGAAAGACAUCAAGACAAACGACCAGUGUCCUCCGCUCGAUACUUUGGCGGAGGAGGAUCUACGCAACAUACUCCGAGUCCCAGUCAGCGGCGACGCGGUGGAGGAGGAUCCGGAGGACCUUGAGGAGGAAGAGGAGAAUCCGAGUACCACCCCCACACGGACCAACGUGCAAGAACCCAUCACGAAAUACAUGAAGAAGUCCCCCGCCGUUGGUCCUGCCACUCCUGCUCCGCCAAGCGCCCCCCAAGCUACCCCACAGCCAUCUCCUCCUCCCGCGGAUCAAUCUCCUGCUCCUGCUGCAUCCACUCCACCGGAGAUAAUUCCGGUUUGUAGCGACAAAGUGGGCGGAGAAAGUUCCGGUAGCAAGGGCCCUGCCCCCGAAGAAACUGAAGCACAAGGCCGUGAGGAAGCAGAGGUCACCUCCGCCGGCAAAGCUGAAGCUGCAACUGGUGAUAUGGUCGUUUUCCCCAAGAAUUUUGGAGAUCCGGCUGAUCUUACCUCCACCCCUAAAGCCUAUGCCACAAAGUUUUUUAACAAACUAACAGAGGCGGAAAAAUGGGAGCUAGAGCAAGAUCUGCUCAACUCAAUGCUGAACAAUGCCUGGGGUAAGCCUGACGCCGAGACGUCGAAGAUUCAGGACUUCAAAAGGGAAACCGGCCAGUUCUUGGACAAGCUCAUCUGCAAGCGAAAGGAACAGCAGGCUCUGCAUUUUGAGCUGCAUAAAAACAUUGCUCUUCAGCGCCGCGUUACCCUCAGCCAGGCGGAAAAGAUCCAACAUUUCAAAGAGGAGAAUGCGGAUCUGAAGAAGCAGCUGUCAGAAGCCCAAGGUGCAUCCUCGUCCCUUGCUGCAGCCUCCUCCGAGCUUGAAACUCUGCGCGCCUCCCAGAAGAAACUUGAGGCGAAACUUGCCGAGACGGAGAAAAAGCUUGCUGAGAAAAGCUCGGAGCUCAUACGCAAAGAGGGCGAGUUCCAGCUCAAGAGAAAAACUGACAGUGAGACCAUCAAGGAGCAGCAGAAAGAGCUAGGGGGACUCCGGAAUUACAUGGAGACAGCGGUGAACUGUUGGGACCUGCUGAAUUCCGACUUCAUGGAUCCUCUUGGAUAUGAUGAAGAACGUCGGCGCCAGUUCCCGCGUGAUGAUCUGCUGCAGCUAGCCGGAGAGGAUUGCAAGGAUCUCAUCUCCGCCUCUCGGAAGAUCUGCCACAACCUUAACCUUAAGAAAAGCCGAACCUGCGAUGUGCGCAGGCUGAUCAAAAGGAUGGACAUUCUUCCGGAGUUGGUGGUGGAUUGUCGGGGGGAAGACCCCGGGUAG